UUAAUUUUCCCGCUUUUAAAUGUUCCCUUUUCGUCCAUUUCUUCCCACUUUUCCCCUCUUUUCCCCAGCCCUGCAGCACUGCUGGGCAGUUCCCUGCUGUUCCCAUAGGGAUGGAUUCUUUUUCCCAGUGCAGCUCUUCCCCGUGGAUUCGCGAAUCCCCAGAACCUGUAAUUACCGGGAUAAUUAACAAAACAACUAGGCGGAAUGAUUAGCACCUCUUUCCAGGACCACCGUGAAGUAGUGCUCUCUAAUGGCCCUUUACAUGGGCCCGGCUAGCUCAGUCGGUAGAGCAUGAGACUCUUAAUCUCAGGGUCGUGGGUUCGAGCCCCACGUUGGGCGCUUCAAUUAUUCUUUUUUUACUCUCAUAUUUUCUGAUUCCACACCCUCAUCCUUCCCCCCGCCGACACCAAAACCCGCUCAUGACCGCGGCUCUGAGCGAUGGUAUUAAAACCCCCCUCAGUUUAGUAAGCAGCGUUAUAUCUAGCACAACAGCGUGCAGUGCACUUUUCUAUCUCAAUGCAUUUUUAUAUUUCAACAUAUUUGUGUAUUUUUUUCCAAUAUACAUCUAUAUUCCAUCCCAGCAAGGAGACCCCGAUGAGUUUUCUUUGGAAGUUCCUUACAAUCAUCGCACAGAGGGGAGAAAUCACCUUCCCUCCUCUGCUUGCUGCUUGAGGAGAGGAAAAAACCUGACAUUUCCCCCAAGUUUUCCCCAAAUCCACCCAGUUUGGUGGCCCCGUGAUGGAGAGCUGCAAGCUGGUCCCAGUCCUACCAGCUCAUCCCCUAUGGGCUGAGAUCACCCAGCCCCGCUUGGCUCAGGUUCAGCCUUCGGGGCCGCAUUUCCCCUAUCAGCCAGGAGAUAAGGAGCAGGAAAGCUCCCUUAUUCCCUCCGCGGAUCGGAACCCAGCAGGAAGCCCAUGGCCACGCGGAGCCCCUUGGACAACCUGCAGAGCGAAGCCUCCUGCUCCAUCUGCUUGGGUUACUUCCAGGAUCCCGUCUCCAUCCCCUGCGGCCACAAUUUCUGCCGGGAGUGCAUCACCCGCUGCUGGGAAGGGCUGGAGGGCAACUUCCCCUGUCCCCAGUGCAGGAAAACGGCAUCGCACAAAAACUUCCGUCCCAGCAGAGAGCUGGCGAAUAUCGCCGGCAUCGCCCGGCAGCUGAGCUUGCACGCUUCAGAUUGGUGCAAGCAGCACCGUGAGGCUCUGAAGCUCUUCUGCAAAGAGGACCAAGAGCCCAUCUGCGCGCUCUGCGAUGCGUCCCAGGCGCACCGCUCCCACACCGUGCUCCCUGCCCACCAGGCGGCCCAGGAGUACAAGGAGGAAAUCCAGGCUCGCCUCCAGGCUUCAAAGGAGGAGAGGGAAAAAUACCUGGAAAGCAGAAAAGCUGGCGGAAGGACGAGCUUGUACUUGGAGAAAACCAAGAAGGAAGGGAAGAGGAUAGUGUGUGAAUUCGAGCAGUUGCAGCGAUUUCUGAAGGAGCAGGAGCGCUUCCUCCUGGUCCAGCUGGCAGAACUGGACCAAGCCAUCACCAAAGUGCAGGAGGAUGCGGUGACGAAGGUGUUGGAGGAGACGUCCCACCUCGACACCCUGAUCUGGGAGAUGGAGGGCAAGUUCCAGCAGCCCGACAGCAAAUUCCUGCUGGACAUCAGGAAGCUCCUGAAUAGCUGCGAGGUGAUGAAGUUCAACCCUCCGGCAGAGAUUUCCCCCAAUCUGGAAAGAAGACUGGAGGACUUUCUCCAGAAGAACGUCCUGGUGAGAUGCACGCUGCAGAAGUGCCAAGACAGCCUGCUGUUUCAGUUGCAAGAGCCAGCCAACGUCACCAUGGACCCCAGCACCGCUCACCCCAACCUCCAUCUCUCCGAAGACCGAAAGCAAGCCCGGGGCCAACUGGUGCCGCAGGACCUCCCGGAGAACCCCGAGAGGUUCAGCUUCGAGCCCUGCGUGCUGGGCUGCCAGGGCUUCACCUCGGGGAGGCAUUUCUGGGAGGUGGAGGUGGGACAAGGGGGUGUGUGGGCCCUGGGGGUGGCCCGAGCUUCGAUGAAGAGGAAGGGACCCAUGAGCUUCACCCCCAAAGAGGGCGUCUGGGCGCUGGAGGCCUAUCACUCCCUUACGUCCCCCCGUGCCAACCUACGUCGGAAUGCUCUGCCCAGGAGGAUUCGGGUCUCCCUGGACUACGAAGGGGGUCGUGUGGCGUUUUUCAGCUUGGAUGACGACGCUCCCAUCUUGGUGUACACCAGAGCUUUGUUCAAUGGGGAGAGGGUCCUCCCUUGGUUCAAGAUAGGGAUGGGGGCUCGCUUGCAAGAAAUCACCCAAAAUUCCUCCUCAGAGGACCAGACCACGAGCGGGCAGCUGAUGUCCCAUCUGGACUGGGUUGGGUUCAGAUCUCCCCUAAAGAUCUGUCCUUGAGGUGUCCUCUAGCGACAGGGACAUCGGAAGGGACGUGUGCUGUGGCUGCUUGGAGCAUCGUGCCGAGGGGACUCGCUGUUCUGCCCCAUGGCUGUCCCCUUUGGGAGCUUUGGGGUGGUCCCUCUGCAGAAUGGGGAAACCACCAGAGAGCAGUGGGGAGUUGGAAGGAGAGGGACAAAGGGGCUGAUGGAGAAUGGAGAGCACUCGAGGAUUCAGAACGCGGCCUUCCUUUGUUUAUUUUGCCUUUAACAGAUCGAAUCCUCCUCUUUAUACAUCCAUCUGUUUUCUAUCUGACAUCAAUCACGAAGCAGAUCCGGAGCGUUCUGCAAAGGGACGUGGCCUUUCACUGUGAACAGCAACACCUGGUGUGGGGAGCUGGCCUCUGCCUGCAUUUCUGAUAUUUAAUUUAAAUUAAAAAUGUGUUCUGUGCACACCA